ACACUCUAAACAUACCCAAAAUGGCCACCGACUCUAGUUGUUUUGGUAUAAACUUUUACAUUUACCCAAACACACCCUAAGAUUUGGCUUUAUAUUGAAUCUAUAGUUCCUUCUUUUGCUAUAAAUAAGGUUUCAAGAUUCUCACAUAGUAACUAGCUGCAACCUCUCUUUCAUGCUGUUUUUCUACCCUAUAUCAUAUCUCCAUAUAAAACCUAGCUAUAUUUUUCCAAUCUCCUUCAACCAUGCACGUCCACAUGAAAGCUGAGUUAAAAGCAACAUCCAUUUCCUUUCAAAAUCCAACACUUUUCAACACACACCAAAACACUCCUCCUCUUCCUGAACCAGAAGAACUCAAAGGUUGUCUUGGAAGCUUAGAUGGAGCAUGUAUUGAAAAGCUCUUACUUCAUUGUGCAAGUGCUUUGGAAAGCAAUGAUAUAACCUUAGCUCAACAAGUUAUGUGGGUCUUAAACAACGUUGCUUCACCAUUAGGUGACACUAACCAAAGACUCACUUCCUGGUUUCUAAGAGCAUUAAUCUCUAGAGCUUCAAGGAUUUGUCCUACUUCAAUGAAUUUCAAAGGAAGUAACUACACAAUUCAAAGAAGAUUGAUGUCCGUUACCGAACUCGCCGGGUAUGUUGAUUUAAUUCCUUGGCAUAGGUUUGGUUUUUGUGCUUCCAACAAUGAAAUUUUCAAGUCAAUUAAGGGAUUCAAAAGGGUACAUAUUUUAGAUUUUAGCAUAACACCUUGUAUGCAAUGGCCUACUUUUAUAGAUUCUUUGGCUAAAUUACCAGAAGGCCCUCCUUCACUUAGAAUCACAGUUCCAUCUUUUAGGCCUAUGGUUCCUCCUUUGGUUAACAUAUCAAUACAUGAAGUAGGUCAACGUUUAGGUAAUUUUGCAAAAUUUAAGGAUGUCCCUUUUGAGUUUAAUGUUAUUGGAGACAAUGUUUCAUUGACUUCUGAAGAUUUGAGCAAUAUUGAAUCAACAAAUUUUCAUUUUGAAUCAAUGUUGAGUCUAUUGAAUCCUAGUAUGUUGAAUCUUAGGGAGGAUGAAGCUUUGGUUAUAAAUUGCCAAAAUUGGCUACGUUAUUUAUCUGAUGAUAGAAAGGGUCAAAAUAUUUCACUUAGAGAUGCUUUUAUGAAUUUAGUUAAAGGACUUAACCCUCAAAUAGUGCUAUUGGUUGAUGAGGAUUGUGAUCUUAGUGCAUCAAGUUUAACAUCAAGAAUUACUGCUUCUUUUAACCAUUUAUGGAUACCCUUUGAUGCAUUGGACACCUUUUUACCUAAAGAUAGUUGUCAAAGGACAGAGUUUGAAUCUGACAUAGGACAAAAAAUUGAGAAUAUUAUAAGCUUUGAAGGGCAUCAAAGGAUAGAGAGAUUGGAGUCAGGGAUGCAAAUGUCACAAAGAAUGAAAAAUGCUGGUUACUUUAGCGUUCCAUUUUGUGAGGAAACUGUUUUGGAAGUUAAGGGUUUGCUUGAUGAACAUGCUAGUGGAUGGGGAAUGAAAAGAGAAGAAAGCAUGUUGGUUCUUACAUGGAAAGGAAAUAGUUGUGUGUUUGCAACCGCUUGGGUCCCUAGUGAAAUUAGGGAUCAUAUCGGUAUGGAUGCACAUGUGUCGUAAAUCAUGGAUUUAGAUUCUCUACAGUCAAAAUAUAUAUGCAGUCACGAAGUCAGUAUAUCUGAAUCUCUCAAUCUGAAAUCUGGACGAUUCAUAUUUAAAAAAUAAAUUAAAAAUUUGAGUCGUCUGAUCAAGAUCCAAAAAAAUAGACUUAUUUACGAUGUGACAAUACAAAUGUAAUGAUGGUAGAGAAUUUGAAUCCCUUAAGAGGCAAUUGAGUCUACCUUAGAAUGGGUUGAGGUAUUGCUAAAAUGGUCCAUGGAGACAUAUAGGCUGUAACUGAUCUGACUUGAAGGGAAAACGGCUCUGCAUUUUCAGAAUUAUUUUCUUGUGGCAAAUGUGUAAAGAAGCUCUACAAAUUGAUGGAUCACAUGGAAGGCAAAAAGGAAAAUAAAAUAUGUACGUUGUCCUUUAUAUGAGACAAAGUUGUCUCUUAGCAAUGUUUUUCCCUUUUAUGCAGCUUUACUUUUGUUUCUACUCAGAGCUUUGGGUAUAUACACAAGUGGUUGUAAGAAAAAUAUCUUAUCUUAUUAUGUAUUGCCUAUUUCUAAUAAUAUAACCUUUAAGAUUAGCUUUUAAUAGAUAGAUGAUAGAUUGUAUGAUUUUUCAUGUAACGUUUCGUGAUAAACAAUAGUUUGUUGUUUCUUCAUA